UAAUGUCAGAUAAUGUCAUUGAAUUUUUCUUUGGAGGGUAGCAUAAUUUUUCAAAAAUUUAUAUUUUAAUUAUAUUUUAAUUUAAAGUAGUGAUAAUUUACGUCAGUAUCUUUUAUAAAAAUUUAUGUUUUACACGAUUAAUGACAUGAGCACCCAACAAAGUCCCGCUAGUGCUUCAAUUGAAAGGGAAAAAGUUUAUCAAUUUAUUUUAGAAUUGACCAGUCCAGAGACGAGAGAGAAUGCACUUCUUGAAUUAAGUAAAAAGCGAGAGAUUGUACCUGACUUAGCACCAAUGUUAUGGAACAGUUUUGGUACAAUAGCGGCUUUGCUUCAAGAAAUUCUCUUGAUAUAUCCCGCAAUUAAUCCACCAACCCUCACAGCUCACCAGUCAAACAGGGUCUGUAAUGCUUUGGCUCUUCUUCAGUGUGUAGCAUCGCAUCCAGAAACUCGUUCACAAUUUUUGAUGGCUCACAUUCCAUUAUUUCUCUACCCCUUUCUACAUACAGUCUCAAAAACUCGACCUUUUGAGUAUUUGAGACUGACUAGUUUAGGUGUAAUUGGAGCGCUUGUUAAGACUGAUGAACAGGAAGUUAUAACUUUUUUGUUAACGACAGAAAUUAUACCACUUUGUCUAAGAAUCAUGGAAACCGGAUCAGAAUUGAGCAAAACAGUGGCAACAUUUAUUUUACAAAAAAUAUUGCUGGAUGAAAGUGGAUUGUCAUAUAUUUGCCAGACUUAUGACAGAUUUAGUCAUGUAGCUAUGAUAUUAGGCAAAAUGGUGAUAUCGUUAGCAAAAGAACCAUCUGCUAGAUUACUCAAACAUGUUGUAAGAUGUUACUUGAGAUUGUCAGAUAACCCGAGAGCCAGAGAAGCUUUGAGGCAAUGCCUGCCUGAUCAAUUAAAAGAUAACACAUUUAAUGUGUGUUUGCAAGAAGACAAAUCAACAAAACAUUGGUUACAACAGUUAUUGAAAAAUCUAGAAACUCCGGCAGGAAUUUCACCUCUUACAUCGCAAUAAUAAGAUAUAUCAAGAGUAAUAACUUAAUGCAUGCCCAAGUAAUGUAUUAAUUAUUUUUUAUUGUUAAUAUUAUGUAAAUGUGAAACAUGUAAAUUAAAUUUUACUAAAGAAUAA